UUUCAAAUAUUCUUGCGUACCACAGAGUGCGCUACUAGCACUUGGCGUUUUACAUGUUUUGAAUGGUAUGCGGGAUUUACCAAUGUUGUAGAAAGAUUUGUGACAGAAUAUAGAGAAAAACCGUGAAAAAUUAAAAGUAAAGUGAUCAGGAUUUAGGUUAAACAAAACAGUAGACUCAGUGUUCUGUAAGAAAUGGCUGAAAAGCGGAAACGUAAUUUACCGAUCGUAUCCGGAAGGAGGGGGGAGCGUGAACGAUUUGAAUUAAGGAGGAAAACUCAAGAGGAGUUGAACAGAACGCUCAACAAAAUCAGUGAACUGAAGAAAGGAAUGGUGUGGGUUGACAAGAAAAUACGUCAGUGUCAGAAGAAGGCCGAACCUUUAAGUGUGCUGCUGAGUGAGGAAUUGGCAAUUUCAGGUGAGCGAAAGCAAAUUGCGGGACUUCAUCAACUUGGAGACUGAAGGAAGCUGUAACACUGAAAAUCAGUAACUACUUCGAAACAACGCAUGAAACUAAUUUUAUUCAACGCCUCGUUGACAGAAAAAUAACAAAUUUUGCAAUUUAUUAUGAAUAAGAAAAAGAAACAUUAAAAAUUGUUUAAUACAUGGACAGUUUUGUUGCUUUUUAAUUCUGUACAUCAGAUAACAUUUCUAUCUGAAAUACGAGUAUUUACUGAAAAGGUAGUCGGUGUGUAUGUCAGAAAUCUUGGGAACUGUAAUUCUAACGAAUGGCGAUUUCUGUAAAUGUUCGGGAGAUGGCCACGAGCGGCAACAGUGCCUGGGCCAUUGAAACCGAACAGUGUUUUUUCAACUGUCUAGAUGGUGAUUGCUACUAUUGUAAAUAUAUUCCGCACGAGUAUAUUUUGGCUUCAAAGAAAAAUUCAAAUACACAAAUGUAUUUCUGAAGCAUUUUAAUGUGUGUGUUAUUAUCAUUAGUUAAAUCUAUAAUUUUUGUGUGUAAUUAAAAAACAUUCUCACAUAAUUGAGUUGGAGGCUUCUUAUUUUUU